AUGCAGACUCAAUUCUUCAAUUAUCAAGUAUUGGACCAAUCCAAACUGAAUGAGCUAAUAUCAAAUGAGAAGUGCAUUGUAAUCUAUGAUAAAAAACCAAAUCUUGAGGCUUCCAAUGUUUGCCUUUGUGAUUUGAGCACUUUCAAAAUCUCCUCUUGGAAAAGUAAUUUCAACUUAGAACAGCGCGAGGUGGUUGUUUUCCAGUUAAAAAAUUUUUCACCCGACGUUGUGGAUAGCUUUUUUAGGAACGUUUACAAAAGAGUCAUUAUUUUCACAAGUGACACGGUGUUUAGGGAUAAAAUAUUUGGAAAUCCAACCUACAACACAAAGAUUAAUCUAAUUCCAAAUGCUGCAUGUUAUUUUCCUGUCGAGCUACAAAGCAAUGAAGCAUUUAAAGCUUUAAUAUCGAACUUAAAGAACCAAAGCAGUGAUCUGAGCGGGAAGCACAUUACGUACUUAUAUCACAUCAGUGCAUGCUAUUAUGAAUUUUGUGCAUUCAAGCAUUUACAAAUUUAA